CGCGCUGUUUCUUUCACUCGCGUCACAGAAGUGUUAUACCGUUUUGGGCACACGACUACUUGCUCAAAAUGGCAUUGUAGCGGCUUGCAGCGGAAAACUCGCAGCGGCAACACCUACAGUGCAACGGCGUUUUGCACUGGCUCUAUUUAUCAAAAUGGCGUCCCUCGAGGCAACCAACCUCAGCACUGCUGCAUUUGACAGCAUAUCAACCCUUCUUGACUCGUCAUCAAAACCCCUGUUUUUGAGUCCGUCUCUGACCAGGCACCAUGACUCUGAGCUCGAAGAUGUGCGUGGAAGACAUGGGGACCCUGUUGUUGGGGUCCUCGAUUCUGAUGGCUGACACCUUUGGGCCCCUUCUGGACGAAGAUGAAGAGAGAGCUCUAUCCGAGGGGUCUUCAUCGCCCCUCUCCUUCUCUUCAUAUUCUGAUUCUUACUCUUCCUCCCCGUUUUCUUCCCCCUCAGCCCCCGAUCCUCUAGGAUGUAAAGGCGGGUGUGAUGUGCCGCUCCCCUGGCUGUCUGCCACUGAGCAGAUCAAUGCUCACACUGGGGCAGACCAGAGAGAAGGGGAUGCAUUUUCAGGCAUGGACUGGAUGACUGAGAAGAUCGACCUCAGUGAUUUUGACCUGGACUCACUCAUCGGGUCCUGCGAUUUGGAUGAGGCUCCCAGCUCUCCAGAGGAGCUGCUGGCAUCCUUGGAGUCCCAAAUGGAUCUGGACCUGGCUCCGCUCCCGUUCCCAUCAGCACCCACACCUGUUCUGGAAGAGCUUAACCUGCCUUCUUUCCCUCUAGAUCUACCAAUCGAGUCAGAUCUCCACCCUGAGCUUGUUUCUGUUGAGAUCAAAUCUGAGCCCGUCUCUCCAUCUCCUGCUCCUCCAUCUCCUGCUCCUCCAUCUCCUGCUCCUCCAUCUCCUGCUCCUCCAUCUCCUGCAUUCACAUUAGAGUUGGGCAGUGAAGUGGACAUCUCCAUUUCAGAGCUGGAGAAAACAGUACCCAAGGCCAGUGCUGACAACCAGACCCCCAGUAUCGUGCUCUCCCUCUCUCCUGCCCACAUAUUGGUGGUUCUCACUACCAAAGAAGAGCCCAGCAUUUCCAGCUAUUCCUCAGACCAAUCAGACAGUGGUGUUGAAUCUGUAUCUAGUUCUCCUCCUCACAUAGAGAGUCCUGUUUCAUCUCCCAAACCUGCUGGUACCUCCAGAACCAAACCUUACUCUAAACCUGACCCUGAUGCAGUUAUAGAUGUUGCUGGUAAAGUAAAGACUGUAUCGGGAAAGACCAAGACGGUAGACAAGAAACUGAAGAAAAUGGAGCAGAAUAAGACGGCAGCUACCCGCUACAGGCAGAAGAAACGGGUGGAGCAGGAGACCUUGAAUGCAGAGUGUAUGGAGCUGGAGAAGAGAAACAAUGCACUCGCAGAGAAGGCAGACUCGAUCAGCCGGGAGAUCCAGUACCUAAAGGAUCUUCUUGAGGAAGUCCGGUCAGCAAAGAACCGAAAAAAAUCCAAGGCCAAUUCUUCAUGAGAAGGAGCGGUCUGUGUGAUUGUCACAAUUUUAUAAGAAAGGCACAGGAAGAUUCAGUAGGAGUAGCUGUGCUAGUUUCCCCACGCACUCACAGUUCAUGUAUGUUCACAGGAUAUCAGUGAGUAGUUAAAACAUGUAAUACUUGACAGUAGUUAAAAGUAGUUAGUGCACUCUACGCACCUAAAGCCCAGUCACUUCCUAUCUUUAACCUUCUUACCUCUUAACGUCAUUGUCCAGAAAGGGGCCUCAUAUCACAGUGGAUAUUUUUGUUACACUGAAUAUCGCGCUCGUUGCAUGUAUAUAGCUUCAGCAUCACUACUCGGCUUUAUUUAAAACUGGUGUUUGGUGUGUCUAUGGUGUAGUAUGCUAUUGUGCUAUUUCUUGUUUUCUAAUAAAGCUUCAAACAUUGA